AUGACUAAUCUGGAGUUUGGCGGGAUAUUCAUUGAGGAUAUGGGAAUCCUUGAAAACGGUUUCGUUCGAUUUUCCGACAAUGGAUUUCACUUCAAAAAUGACAAAACUGGAAAAAUCACAAAUUUGGGAAAUUCGGAUAUUAAACGGCUCGAAUGGCAAAGACUUGGAAAUAAACCAGGUGUAAGAAUUGCACUUCAAGAUGGAACAGUUCUUAGAUUUGGAGGUUUCAAGGAUACAGUGAGUUUUUUCAUGAAAAAAAGUUUGAAAAAUAAAUAAAAGAAAAAAAUUUAGGAUUUCGAUAAAGUGAAAGAAUUCACAAAUUUGCAUUGGGAAAAAGAAAUUGAACAAAACGAUUUGAUGAUUAAAGGCUGGAAUUAUGGAACUUGUGAAGUGAAAGGAAAAAAUAUCGAGUUUGGUUGGGAAGACAAACGAAUUUAUGAGAUUCCAUGCACAAAUGUUUCUCAAGUAUUAGCCAAUAAAAAUGAAGCAGUUCUUGAGUUUCAUCAAAAUGAAGAUGCACCAGUUGCUCUUAUGGAAAUGCGUUUUCAUAUGCCGGUUGAUGCUGAAGACGAAGAUCAUGAUCCAGUUGAAGAAUUCAGAAAAGCUGUGCUAGCAUUUGCUGGAUUGGAGACUGAAACUGGUCAAGCAAUCGCAACAUUGCCAGAUAUACUUUGCACAGUUCCACGUGGAAGAUAUGAUAUCAAAGUAUAUCCGAAUCAUUUAUCAUUGCAUGGAAAGACUUAUGAUUAUAAGAUUCCAAUCAAAUCAAUUACAAGAUUGUUUUUGGUUCCACACAAAGAUGGAAGACAUGUUUAUUUUGUUAUUUCUUUGAAUCCACCAAUUCGACAAGGUCAAACUAGAUAUAGUUAUUUGGUUUUGGAAUUUAUUAAGGAAGAUGAUAUCGAUUUAGAAUUAGGAUUCACAGAGUAAGAAGUUUCUUGGAUUAUUUUGCAACAUAAUAAACCUUUUUGCAGUGAACAACUCAAAGAACAAUACGGUGGCAAACUUCAACGCGAACUCUCUGGUCCACUUUUUGAAGUUGUCUCCAAACUUUUCCGUGUUCUUGUCAAUAUGAAAAUCACAGUUCCUGGAAGUUUUAUUGGAAAUACCGGAACUCCAGCAGUUCAAUGUUCUCAUAAACAAAAUCCUGGAUUGCUCUACCCAUUAGAAAAAGGAUUUUUGUUCAUUCACAAACCACCAAUGUAUGUGAGAUUCGAGGAAAUCAGCAGUUUACAUUUUGCAAGAAGCGAUGUUGGAAAUGUCACAAGAACUUUUGAUUUUGAAAUUGAAUUAAAAGCUGGUGCUUCGUUGGUUUUCAAUUCGGUUGAAAAGUGAGUUUUGCAAAAAAUGAUUUAUUUUUGUUCUGAAUCAACAAGUUGAGAAUCUCCCGAAUAAAGUUCUGGAUGUUUCGCAAAAUGACGAGCUCGGUCGAUUAAAAGAUAAAUAAGGAAGUUGAUAUAUAACGCACUCACUUCUCUAAUAAACAAAGAUUGAAACUCGUCUUGAUUUUGACGAUCGAAGAAUGAGUCGUUUAUGAACAGAUAACCAAUAUAUAACGAGCAAGCAACGAGUUCUAUUAUCUGUAAAAAAAAGUUUUUCCGUUUGGUAGAAAAAAAGUUGAAAAAAUGACUUACACUCCAUAUUUUGACUAUUAAAAGCAUGAUUUUGUUAUAAAACCAAAUUGCUAUACAUGAAAGAAUUAAUCGAAGAGCUAAAAUAACAAUGGCGACUAUUAGAAAAAUAUCAAAAGCGGUGAAAACUAGAGAAAUAAUAUUGAGAAAUAUAAAAGCUAUUGAAAAUACUAUGAAGAAUAUUUUUAGAGAUAAACAAAAGCAACGCGGUUCUGUUGUCAUUUUUAGAAAAUAUAAAAAUGGCGCGAGAAGGCGAGGAUUUUUCAAUGAACAUUUUAUGUCACGUUUUAAAAUUUUCACAAAAAAAAUCAUUUCUAAUUUUUCAGAGAAGAAUACAAUAAACUUUAUGAUUAUGCUCAAAAUAAACAUAUUCGAAUUCGAAAUGCUAAAAAGAUGGAUAACACAGUUGAUGAAGAUCGAUUUGCUGGAAGUGAUGAUGAAAUUGAUCCAUAUAAGCAAACUGUAAAAGCAGAAGGAAGACAAAGAGAAGAAUCAGAUGAAGAUAGUGAAGAUGAUGAUUAUGAUUUGGAUGAAGAUAUUAAGAAACGAGAAAAGAAUAAGGAUUCAUCAGAAGGUUCGGGUUCAGAACCAGAUGAUGAAUAUGAUUCGGGAUCGAAUAGUGAUGAUAGUGGAAGUGCUGAAAGUGAACCAGAUGAUGAAGAAGAAGUUCCGAAAAAGAAAAAUAAGAAGGAUAAAGAAGUUAGAGAGAAAAAGGAGAAGAAGGAGAAAAAUGAUGGAAAAAAGAAGGGAAAAGUCGAGAAGGUGAGCAUUUUCAGAUGUUGGAACUUAUUCAGAUCAAAAUUCAAGAGGAGUUUUGUCCUGAAGAUGCCUAAAGACCCUAAUAGGGGCCCUAAAAUUACCACACAAAAAUCAAAUCUCUGAUAUCCCUCCGGAAAUCCCCCCAUUUUUUCCAGGAUCCAAAUGCUCCAAAACGUGCCACCACAGCUUAUAUGCUUUGGUUUUUGGCGAAUCGAGUUUCGCUGAAAGAGGACGGUGAUUCGGUAGCUGAUGUUGCGAAAAAAGGAGGAGAAACAUGGAGAAAAAUGACGAGUGAUGAUAAAAAGGUAAGUUUUGGUCAUUUUUUUCUUAUCAUUUCUGAUUGAUCAGGUGGACUUUUUUUUAGAAUGAAAAUUUUGAGAUUUCAAUUUUGACUAGAAAGAUUUAUCUGAAUACAUUCAACAAAAAUUCGAUUCUCUUAUUUUUAUUUUGAAACAGUGAAAUUUUUCAAAAAAUAUUUUCGAAUUUAAAAAAAAAGUUUUUUAUUUCAACAUUCACCACAUUUUACUAAAAUUUCGAAACAUCAAAUGAAAUAUUUUUUGAAUUCAAAAUCUUUUUUUUAAACCUAAAUUAUCUUAAAUUACUUAUUCAAACCACCUAAAAUAAUUUAUUGAUUUUUUGAAACAGUAAAUAUUUUUACAAAUUUUCUAGGAAUGGGAAGAGAAAGCCGCGGAAGACAAGGAACGAUAUGAAAAAGAAAUGAAAGAAUAUAAGAGCAGUGGAGCUGCUGCCGAAUUUGCUGCAAAGAAAAAAGAGUCUGGAAAAAGUGCACCAGCGAAGAGUUCGUCGAGUGCUAAAGCGAAAAAGCCGGCUAGUGGACCGUGAGUUUUUUUUUUACAAAUUUUGGGCAAAUCUUAUACGUGGAUUAUUUUUUGCAGAUCAACUUCAAAGGCCAAAUCAAAAGAAUAUAUUAGCUCUGAAUCGGAUUCGGAUUCUGACGCGGAAGAGAAAAAACAACCAAAAAAGAAGGAGAAAAAGCCAGCACCAAAAGAAGAAUCUGAAGAAAGCUCGGAAAAUUCAAGCGAAUCGGAUUCAGAUUAA